AUGGAUCAUGACGCCGAACCGCCGUCUGUAGUUGAUGCAACUCCUGCUGAAGCAAAAGUCACUGUCGGUUCUCAACAGGCCCCUACUCUUCGGACCUCGAAGACAACAGGGCAGACAUCCGCGGCUGCAGAUCCAACAAUUGCGCCCAGUGGCCAAGGCUUCACUCCUGCAGGAGCGGUGCCUCCGCCUCAUGCCGCUUUAGCACAAGUGCAAGAUGAAGGCUUGAAGAAUCUCAUGAUGGCCUGGUAUUAUGCAGGAUACUAUACCGGUCUCUAUGAAGGGCAGCAGCGAGCAAAUCAAAAUCAAGGUCCCUGA